AUGAGUGUCAUUUAUACCAUUACUUUACAUCUUCAAAGGGCUUGCAAUUUUGGAUUCGAGUGUAUUUGGCUUGGGUCUGUUCGUGAGGUACUUCGUGUCAUAAGACAAAAUUUCACCCGUUUGACACGUUCAUUAGUAACCCAACCUGGCGCUGCUUUCUUUUUAUCGUCGAACAAUGGAAAAUCGAAACCCUCAACUAGUGCAGAUGAAAUAGCUCCUGGCAAAAUAGCUGAAUCGCGCGCACGAGUGGUUGUCGGUCUUGCACGUGCUCGUUUGCAACUGGGAAUUGGACAACAUUUAGCUGAUACUGGGAUUGUAAAGGUGUUGACAUUGAUCGACGAAUUGGAUACUCACCUAACACAAUCAGCUUCUCGAUUAAGAGCCUGUUAUAGUGUACACUUCCCAGAGGUGUGUCGUCCUCAUUUUGGAAAACAACUAUGUUUAGAUGAUAUGAAACUUCUUCAGUUGAUAGCCAACCAUCCACUUCGUUGCAAUAUAAUUUCAAAUCUUUCUUCGGGGAGUUUUACAUGCCCUAAUGAUGAUCAACUAGCUUCUGUUGUUGCGGCGGCUGCUCAGGAUUCUAUUGGAGCCGACUUAGGUGAAGAAGAUUGUGAAAAUCUCCAGAAGUAUGCACAACGUCUUCUGCAAAUGAAUCAGAUAAAACAGCGUCAUAUAGAUUCCUUAUUACGACGCAUAACUAAUUUAUGCCCUAAUUUGCAUGCGCUUCUUCAUCGUGCACUUCAUCCUUUUGAUGAUCAAAAAGACGAGACGAACAAUUCUAAAAGUGACGAUCAACUAUCAGCUUGUUUAGUUGCUGCACGUUUAAUAGCCAAUGCUGGAUCUUUUAAUCGACUUGCUUCUAUGCCAUCUACGCGUAUUUUGUCGUUGGGGGCAUCCAAAGCGCUAUUCAGAAAAGGCGGAGCUGUCGUAGCAACAUCUACUGGUCUAUUAUCGAAUGCAAGUAAAUCACUAGCCGAUCCAAAUUCACCGUCUGUGGAUAAUUCACAAGUGGUGGGCAAUAAUUUGUCUGCAGCUCAGUUGAAACUUUUGAGUGCUAAUCGUGUGCAACGGGAUACAGUUCGUCGUCGAGCUGCACGUCUUCUCGCCGCAAAGUCAACUCUUGCCUGUCGUGCAGACUGUUUUCGUCAACACAAUCCAGUGUUAAAACAAUCGGAUUCUGAUUCAGCAAACCCGAGUACUUCUGUGAUAGAAGAUGAACGACUCAAAACCGGGGCUUAUGGCGAUCACCUUGGGAAGACUGUUCAAGAUCACUUGAGAAUAUGGGCCGAGACCAAUGGCAUACACAAAGAUCGAACUGAAGAACAAAACAAGGCACAGCGUGAAAGAAGGAAAAGGUAUCGAAAGCUUAAACAUAAAGCUUGGCUUGCUCGAAAACUUUCUAAAUGCUCAACAGCAAAGUGCAACGAUGCAACCAAUAGAAUUGAAUCUAUGGACGUUGAUAUAGAUAGUACUGCUACUACUACAUCUGUCAAUGUAGUUCAAGUCGUGGACACAAGUACAAAAACAUCAGAAAACAAAGACCACAGUGAGUCUUCGGAUAGUGAUUGGCCAAUGAAAGAGAGUGAUUGUUUAGAGUCGUCAAGCAGAGCACCACCUCGUUCCCCUCAGAAAAGAAAAUCGGUGCGUAGAACUAUGCAACCGAUGAUACCUACUCAAUGCUGA